UUAUUUAAAAUAAACAAAUGAAAUACUGCCAAAGCCAAGAGGCGUGAGUGACCGUGAAAAGCGUCAAUUGGCGGGCCAAAAGCUGUAGCAGCGGUUAAAGUAGACCGCCCAGCCGAGCAAGGACGGUAUUAACGGUCACUUUUCCGGCUCCCGUGAAAACCAAAAUACCAGUUCAGUUUGCAGACUUAAGUUCCAUAAACAAUGUCCGCAACACUAUCAUACAACUACUGCUUCUACGACUCCACAGUUCCAAGGAACAACAAAAACCUUACAGCGAAACGAGCUGCGAAGCUCAAACUGGACGAAGAUUCAGUCUUCGUAACCAACCCAAGAAUUUCUAAAUCGCUUCGAAGACAUAGAAACCCAUCGAAGAAUCUACCGGCUUCAACUGGGCCGCCCCAAGAUUUCUCUCUCGCACGGGCUCUUCGCUAUUAUGUGGAUUCUGGGAACAUGGAAAAUGCAGUCUGCGUCUUCGAGAGGAUGAACCAUUCUGAUCCGUAUUGCUGGAAUGUUUUGAUCAGAGGAUUCACCGAUAACGGGUUGUUUCGAGAGGCCAUUGGUUUUUACCGUAGGAUGGAAAGCGAAGGUGUUCGAGCUGAUAAGUUCACACCCACUAUCGUAAUCAAGGCGUGUGGUGGGUCAUUGUCGUUUUGUGAAGGACAGAAAGUUCAUGGAAAUUUGUUUAAAGUUGGGUUGGAUUUGGAUGUUUGUGUGUGCAAUUCGCUUAUUUCUAUGUAUUCGAAGCUUGGGUAUAUUGAGUAUGCAGUGAGAGUGUUUGAAGAAAUGCCCAUAAGGGACCAGGUCUCUUGGAAUUCAAUGAUUAGUGGGUAUGCUGCUGUGGGGGAUGGGUGGAACUCGUUGGUAUGUUUCUUGGACAUGCAGGCACUUGGUAUGAAGCCUGAUAGGUUCAGCAUAAUCAGUGCUCUUAAUGCUUGUUCUGUAGAGUGCUUUGUGCGAUGCGGAAUGGAGGUUCAUUGCCAGGUUCUGAAAUUUGGGUUUGAAUUGGAUGUCAUGGUUCAAACCUCACUGCUUGACAUGUAUAACAAAUGUGGUCACAUGGAUUAUGCAGAGAGACUGUUUGAUAAGAUUAACCCCAAGAAUACUGUGGCUUGGAAUGCGAUGAUCGGUGGGUAUGUUCUAAAUGAGCAGCCCUGUAAAUCAUUUGCUUGCUUUAGAAAAAUGCUAGAAGAGGAUAACGUGAACCCUGAUGCUAUCACGAUGAUAAAUUUGCUUCCCUCCUGUGCACAGCUAGGAGCUCUGUUGGGGGGUAAAUCCAUUCAUGCAUAUGCCAUUAGAAAAGGGUUUCUCCCUCAUGUUGUAUUGGAAACUGCUCUGGUCGAUUUAUAUGGAUCUUGUGGCAAGCCAAAAAUGGCAGAACGUAUAUUUGGUGAAAUGGCAGAAAAAAGUGUGAUAACAUGGAAUGCAAUGAUUGCUGCAAAUGUACAAAAUGAACUGAAUAUGGAAGCCAUGGAACUAUUUCAAGACCUUUUGAAUAAGCCUCUUAAGCCAGAUGCUAUUACAAUUGCAAGCAUCCUACCUGCCUAUUCUGAAGUAGCACCAUUGAGGGAAGGGAAGCAAAUUCAUGGUUAUAUAAUAAAAUCGCAGCACCAUUCAAAUACCUAUGUCUUGAAUUCAACUGUCUUUAUGUAUGCAAAAUGUGGUGAACUAGGAACUGCUCAAGAAAUUUUUGAUCGAAUAUUAUUUAAGGAUGUCAGUUCGUGGAACACGAUAAUUAUGGCUUAUGCUAUUCAUGGAUUUGGGAGAAAAUCCAUUGAAUUAUUCUAUGAGAUGAGAGAUAGGGGCAUCAAACCCAAUGGAAGCACAUUUGUUUCCCUGCUAACAUCUUGUAGCAUAUCUGGUAUGGUCAAACAAGGAUGGGAAUUUUAUCACUCAAUGAAAAGAGACUACAUUAUUGAUCCGGGAAUAGAGCACUACGGCUGUAUCCUUGAUCUUCUUGGUCGAACUGGAAAUCUUGAACAAGCCAAGAAUUUUAUUGAAAGGAUGCCAUUGGAGCCCACAGCUAGGAUUUGGGGCUCUUUACUAACUGCAAGUAGAAACAACAAAAGCAUAGAGUUCGCUGAACUUGCUGCAGAACACAUUUUAUCCUUUGAACAUGACAAUACAGGGUGUUAUGUCUUGCUUUCUAAUUUGUAUGCUGAAGCUGGAAGGUGGGAAGAUGAAGAAAGGAUAAAAUCUCUAAUGAAGAAUAAAGGACUAAGGAAAACCAUUGGUUGCAGCUUAGUUGAAACCAAAGGUAAGCCUUACAGAUUCAUCAAUCAAGAUAGGUCACAGAUCGAAACUAACACGAUCUAUAAUGUCUUGGAUAUUUUCUCAAGUAAGAUGGGGGAUGCCAAAUAUGUUCAUAGUGUCACCAAGUUCAGGCCACAAGAUUUGCUGAAGAAAAGAGCAAACUCUCCAGAGAAUCACAGUGUAAGAUUGGCAAUCUGUUUUGGACUGAUCUCCAUGAAAAUUGGAAACCCUGUAAUAGUUAGGAAGAAUACAAGGAUGUGUAAAGAUUGCCAUAGUGCUGCAAAAAAGAUAUCAGAGAUCACCAACAGGGAGAUAAUAGUGGGGGAUUCUAAGGUCUUCCACCAUUUCAGAAAUGGGAAUUGCACAUGCAGUGAUUAUUGGUAAAACUGUGACAGUAGCUACUGUCAUGUAAACUUUGUGUACAAUGCACAUACAAAUAUACUGUUAAAAGUAGAAUGGCUGGCCAAAUUGUUCAAGCUUGUUCAACUGAAAGCUUAACGUAAAUAUGAAUUUUGUAUAUUUAUAGUUACACCCUACCACAAGUAAAACUGUUAAAUAUUUUUCCAAGUUCUUCUUUCCUAAUGAAACUUGGGAUUGGAUUCAAACUCAUAAUUGUGGGAACAUGUCAAGAAUCCCAGAGAGCCCACAGAUUC